AUGCCGGCCAUCCGCACCCACCAGUCGUCUGUCCACCAGAACGAGGGCUCACAUGUCGAGCAGUCGUCCAACGCCCCCAUGGACCUCGACUCGAACGACUCGCCCGUCGACGCCGUGAGCGUCACCGCUCCCACCGCCGGCGCAACAGACGCGUCCACUACCGUGUGGAUCUGCUUCUCCCAGCUGAGCAGGUCGAUCAAGGGCUUCACCCACUUCAAGCAGCUCCUGCACAGCCGUAUCCGUGUCCCGAUCCUCAACAUCGUCAAAUGGUACCGGACGCUCGCCUACGUCCAAUUCCAGUACGCGGUGACACACUCCAAGGCUCAUCCCAUUAGCAUCCAGCACGCCAAAAAUGUCGUCGAGCUCAUGGAUGGGACCACGCUACACGGUCCGAAUCCCAUUCGCGUGCAGUGGCAGUGUACCGAGGGCGAGCGCGUUGCAGCUGGUGGGCUGGCGAUUCCCCAGAGGUUCCCACCCGGCAUCUCGUACCAACAAGGCGAUCGUCGCUGGACCCGUACCCAGCCGCCGCGCUCGUUCUACGAUCUCGCGAGCCAGGAGCCGGUCGAGGCCACAGAGGAGGACCAGGAAGAGCUGUCACUCAACGGCUUGUAA